GGCGGCCUCGGCGGUGGAUUGAGCGGGUCUGAUCGAGGUUCCCAGAGGGCUGCGCGCCCCGGCUGCUCGGUGCUGUCAUGGCGGGCGUGCUGAAGAAGACUACUGGCCUUAUGGGAUUGGCUGUAUGUGAGAGUCCACACGAGAGGCUAAAAAUAUUGUAUGCAAAGAUUCUUGAUGUUCUUGGACAAAUCCCUAAAAAUGCAGCAUAUAGAAGGUACACAGAACAGAUUACAAAUGAGAAGUUGAGUAUGGUUAAAGCGGAACCAGAUGUUAAAAAAUUAGAAGAGCAACUUCAGGGUGGCCAAAUAGAAGAGGUGAUUCUUCAGGCUGAAAAUGAACUAAGUCUGGCGAGGAAAAUGAUACAGUGGAAACCAUGGGAGCCUUUAGUGGAAGAGCCUCCUGCCAACCAAUGGAAAUGGCCAAUAUAAACAUCAUUAAGUGACCUGUGUGUUGAUGGGAAACUGAUGUAAUUAAAUAUUCUGUUAUAUUAAAAAUGUUUCCAUAUUAUUAACAUAAUCAAGAAAAUUGAUACCAAACAUAUUUAGGAGACUUGUUAAACUUGGUGAGAAUGGUAAUAAGGACUUGUGAAACAGUUUUUAAUUUAUAAAACAUUCAUUCAGAUUAUUUCAGAGAUGAUAUUUUUUUAAACAGAGAGGAUAUGGGGAAGUUUGGAAAGUUAAUUGGGAAACUUCCUAGAGAUUUUCAAUGCAGGGUCCAUAUUCAAAAGGUGAAGUAUUUUUAGUGGUAUCUUCACAUUGUUUAAUUUUUUUUAUCCUGAAAAAAAAGAAAAGGUACUUUAUUAUUAUUAUUUGAACAACUUUAUAGGUCACUGAAGUGAAAUAGUAAGAGUAAAAACCAUCAAAUUAGAAUUUAUUGUACAGUUGAGAAAAUUUGGUAUUGGAAAGAGUUUUUUUUAAUUUAUAGAGGUAGUUGGAUAAACUUACUUUUUUCUUAUUUAAGGAAGUUAUCUUUCUGGCCCUUUGCCUUUGUUUUUUGAUCAACCAAAGUACAUCAAGAUAAAGAUAGAAUUUCUGUAAAAGAAGAGACAUUCAGAGUUUCUAAAGUUUCUAAAGACAUACAGAUAGGCUUGUUUUGAGAACAUCUUAGUUGUAUGGUUAUAACUUCAAAGUGGAAUCACUAAGUAGUUUUCACUAAUUUCCAAUAUUAGUGCAGCUAGAUAUCAAACAAGAUAAAUGCUGUUCAAAGAAAGAAGCAGUUUGGCAAGUUUAAGGGUAAACAAAAAUAAAAUUACUUUUUAUAUGUCCUCACCUUCUAGCCUGCUAUCACUUUUAAAUAUUUGGCUAAAUUUGGUAUUUCUUACCUUCAAAGAUAGUACUUUUGCUUUUUUGUGUGUGUAUUUUUACAUCUGCAUAAUGUGUUUUUGCUGUCUCCUGUAACAAAACAGAGCCUUUCAGAAUUUUUAGAAUGAGUAGAAAAUUAUAUUUUUCUUUUUCUGCAGUAUAUUUCUCCCUUCAUAGAGCUGUAAAUUGAAUGUUAAAUGAAUUGGAUUGAGUUGCUUUUUAGCAGUCAUAUUGCAAGAGAAACUUCUUUGGGGAAGUGGGAAAAGCAUUAGAGGGAGAGUCAAGUCCAGGGGUUCUCAUUCCCAUGGUUCCAGCACCAUCAUGAACUCAGUGACGAAGUGGAGACAAGUUGUCAGUCUCUCAGAAUGGCCUGUUUAUAUCCUUCUCUGUAAAAGGUAAAAUGUAUGAUUUAUAACUUCCUUUUCAGUUCUAACCAUUGCUUUAAUAUAUAAUACAUAGUAUUUAUUAAGGUCAAAACGUAUGAUCUCAAAGCAUGUUUGCAUAGAUGCUUUCAAGCUAAUUUUCUAGCCAACAAUUUUUUUCAGGUCCUUUUGGCACAUGAAAACAGAAAGGUGGCUUGAUACGUACUUUCAUCUCCACUUCUCCCAUAGUCCUUGGGCGUCUUUUAUAUUUCACCAACAGAGCUCCUGUGGCUAUUAGUAAAAGGGGGCCUUCUAUGAUGUUUGCGUUAGAAAUGCUAGUUGAAUAGCAAUGCUAGUCACAGUAACAAUAAUAACUAAUGUUUGUAAUAUUUGCCAGACACUUAGUUCUAAGUAUUUGACUGCCAUUACUCGGUGAAUCUGCACUACAACCGUAAGAGUGAGGUCCUGCAAAUCAUCUCCAUUUUUCCAGAUAAGGAAACGAGAAUUCAGUUGUGAGUAGUGCUCCCCUGCAAUUAGGCAACAUAGGGACCCUGGAGAAACUGAAGCACAAAGACAAUGUAAUAACACGCCCAAUGUCACAUAGUAAGACGUGGAGCUAAAUUUUGAGCCUAGACAGCCUUGCUCCAGCACUCAUUCUCCUAACCAUUAUAUUACUCUUUAUGCGUAGCUUGGGGUGCUGUCCCUCCUGCCUGUACUGUAUGGGCUGCACCAGAAGAACCUAGAUCUGCUUCUUGACUUUUUCUAUCAAAGUACCUAUAAAUAAGAACAAAUAUGAACAGAAGUAAUAAACUGAAUUUCAUUUUGCAUGGAAGUCUUCUUAUGGAUCAUAGGCAGAUAAUGUCAGGGGGUGGGUGCCUGAAAGGCACUGCUGUGAGGGCCAUCAUUCUUCUACACUUCCUGUUAUUCCAGCUGCCCAUGUCAUCUUACAGCUGACUUUUUAGGCCUGCAGAUGUUUUCCAGGUGCUUCCUAUAAACUUCCAGAUUAAAUUUUCCUGAUCUUUUGCAGCUAAUUCUUCUGUUUAAAGAUCUUCAGUGUUGCUGAGUGGUUUCUAGACUAAUUUGAGUAAUUUUCAGAAUGGCCCAUUGCAGUCUCCCUAGGCUCCUCAUAUGUUUCAUUCAAGUUAAUCAUCAUACUCCAGACACCUCAAAAGAAAUAGGAGCUAAUCAGUUUGAGCUUUGCAAACAAAGAAGAAAGUGGCAGCAAAGUGAUGCUCCCUUUGUCCUAUCUGUGAACUGAGUGUACAGUAUUCCAAGUUUUUGGCAUUCUUUCCUUUGGGAAGAAAAUGGUUUAUAUGUAGGAUAACUGUACUUUUUCAUUCAAUAUGUAAUGAUUUUGAGAGUGAAGGGAAGUAGAUAAGAAUAACAGAUAUAAACCAUGACUAUCCUGGACACACAGGAUAUGGCUCAGCCUGAGGGAUGCUCACCUUUUUAGGCCAGGAGCACUUGGGAAGUUGUCUGCCAUCUGGAUAGAGAGGAUGUGAUGCCAGCAGAGGCAGCCAUCAUGUACUUGCAGACCCCAGGUGUCACUGUGCCUCUUCAUUCUCCGUUAUUCCACCCCUUGGCGCGCUUUCCCUCAGAAUUGGGGAUGGAAGUUUGUUUUAUUUCCUUUUCUAAUCCUAAAGUGCAGUUGGAAAAGUGAAGCUAAUUGAGCUUUUUUGUUGUUAUAAUGCAAAGCAGGUUUAUUUUCAAAGCAGGGAGGAAUAGGAUACUAGAUAAAAAGGAAAGGAGUCUUCUGUCAAAUCUGUCAAGUGGAGAUCAAGAUUCUUUUUUAUAUUUUCACUGUAAAAAGGCAGCUUAUGUUAUUGGGAUGCUGGUAGGGGUGGGGCGAGCAAACUGUCAGCCUCUGCACAGGGUCCCUGAGGGCUGCCUGGCCCACCUUUGCAAAGUGGGAUGCAGGGCUUCUUCUCCCUGGUUUACCCCACCGGUCAGCCUGCCUCUCACUCGGGUCCAAUCUGCUCCCUCAGCUCCACGUGGGUCUUGUCACCAGAUUCUUCAGGAGCUACCUUUGGGACCUACUAGGAUGGGAAGAUGUGCUGUGUUACCUUCAGAAGUUAAGUCUCUACCUGCUGCAGUAGGCUUUUCAAAUGGGCAUGGCCUAGCAAACAUUUACCAAACAUUUGCUUUUCUAUAUCCUUGUGAAUUGCCUUCCUCCCCUUUGAAGUCUUAAACCACUACCCGCAACAUCCUCUUUUGUCUUUAGCUGAAGAUGGUAUUUAAUGUGAGAUUUUCGGCCAAUUUGGUGAAUGACUCAGUUCUCCUUGGCCUCUCCCGUGUUUACGUGUAAUUAAAAUUUGAAUGAUUUUCUCUUGUUAA